CUCCGCGCCGCUCUCCAGGUGCUCUAAGCGACCUCCUGUGCCUCAAGCGCCAAGCUGAGCAAGAUCGGAAACUCUCCGCGACCUGCCUACGUAUCGCGUCUGAUGCUGCCGACCUCUGCAGGACACCAACAAAGAACGAACCCUGCACGAUCCAUCCGGCUUCCCUGUGCCGGGCUCGGUAGCUACACGAAGCCCUGAGCCAGGGCUCAGGUCCCGCAUCGCCAACCAUGAUGGGGUCACGAGGCCAGCCCAGACACUGCGCACGCACGCGUGUGUGUAGAGGGGUCAGAGAAAUGGCUGGGGCUGUUUUUACACAAGGAGCCUUCUGCACCGGCCCCUUAAGUCCUAAUGACACUUGCUUUGCGGGGGCUGGGUAUGCAGGUCUCAUCCUCGCCCCACAGACAAACGAGAGAACUGAACGGGGGUGAAAUUUUCAGGUCAGGCCCCAGUAGCUUUCCGUCUUCUCCCUGGCCCAAAACACUUCAGACGGAGGGGGCGGGCCUGGGUGCCUGGGGUGCCGCCCCCGGUCGGCACUGAACAGUGACAGCCUGGAAACGCGGCGCCGAGAUCUGCGCAGGCGCGCUCCGUGGCCACUCGGCUGGCCACCGGGUCACCGCUCAUCCCACACUGUGGCGGGCGCAGCGAGCGCCAUGGCGCGCGAGCUGUUCAGCAACUAGCUCCGCCUAGGCCGAGUCCACUCAGCGGCGGCCAGCUCGCUCCGCCCGGCUGUGGCACAGAUUUCCAUGCGCUGGCCUCUGGGAGUCUUGCUGGCCCUGGGGCUGCUGCUCAUGCUGCUCCUGUAUGGAGGACUGCCAGGCCCCCCUGGGCAGACCUCUUGGUUCUGGAGACAGCCCAAUGUCACCAUCCUGGCUGCCUUCACCCAUGGCAACCCCCCCAUCUUCUACCGUGAGGCACGCCCCCUCCAUCGAACACGAAGGGUGGAUGUGGUGCUGCUCCAUGGCAAGGCCUUCAAGUCACACACGUGGGAGCAGCUGGGCACCCUUCAGCUGUUGUCACAAAAGGGCUAUCGGGCCGUGGCCAUCGACCUUCCUGGUUUUGGGAACUCAGCACCUUGGAAGGAGGCCAGCACAGAGGUGGGGCGGGCAGAGCUGCUGGAGCAGGUGCUGCGGGACCUGGAGGUGCAGAAUGCCGUGUUGGUGAGCCCCUCGCUAAGUGGCCAGUACGCCCUGCCCUUCCUGAUGCGGGGCCAGCACCAGCUGCGUGGAUUUGUGCCCAUCGCACCCACUUCCACCCAGAGCUACACUCUGGAGCAGUUCCAGGCCGUGAAGACCCCAACACUCAUCCUCUAUGGGGAACUGGACCACGGCCUGGCUCAACAGUCACUACAGCAGCUGCGCCACCUGCCCAACCACUCCGUGGUGACCUUGCGUGGUGCAGGCCACGCCUGCUACCUCCACAAGCCGCAAGACUUUCACCUCGUCCUCCUGGCCUUCCUUGACCGCCUGCCAUGAAAUCAACUACUAUCCGGGGCCCCCAGGUCUGGCCUGAACUUGAAGGGGGCUGGACUACCACCUCCACUUCACCAGGGAAGGAGCCCCCUGGGAUUGGAGGACAAAAGCAGAGGCCGAGAUCCAACCAGGAUCUUCAAUUUUUAUUUUACACACUCAAUUUGUUUUAAGUCUGUUUGCCUUUCCUGGCAAGAGACAAGUUCCAUUUCCUGGCAUGUUUUGGGAGAGGCUAAGAUUGCAACAUUUCCUA